AUAAACCUUCAUUUCCCCAGCGCUCGCAAUCCCCUACCCACCUACCUCUCUUCGUCCCCGCCUCUGCAGAUUCCCUCCCUAAGACAACAUUCUAUUGUAAUGGGCCAAUUCUUUGACGAUAUCCCACCCUGGCUCAUCCCCUGGAUGGAAGCCCAACACAUCUUCUGGGUAGCGACGGCACCUCUCUCAUCCACGGGACACGUCAACGUCUCACCCAAAGGGUGCUUUGGAAAGACACUUAACAUCAUCGUGGAUGACGAAGAAGAGUCGUUUGGGGACCCUGGCAUGACAGCUUUACCCGCUGGAGACAUUUCAGAGGACAAAGCGAGUGGAAAAGGGAAACAUUCCAAGGCGGUGUGGUACGAAGACCUUACUGGAAGUGGUGUAGAAACGAUUGCGCAUCUCCGUGAGAAUAAGCGAAUCACUCUCAUGCUCUGUGCAUUCGAGGGUCCCCCGAGAGUUGUUAGAUUAUUUGGGACCGGUAAAGUCAACGAAUUUGGAUCACCAGAGUACAAUACCCUUCUUCCGCCAUCUCGCCGGCAACCAGGUUCUCGCGCAGUAAUCUGGGUAGAUGUGCAUAAAGUCGGAACGAGCUGCGGUUACAGUAUCCCCUUCUUCGACUACAAAGCACCCCGAGAAAAGCUUCGCAACGGAGCGAUGAAGCUCGAGAAAAUGGACCACGACGCUGCCUGCGCGCCCUCCUCCUCCGAAGACUCCGCAGCAGCUCCCAAAGCCGCCGCUCCAGGACCGGGAGGGCUAACCGGCAUGAAGUCCUUCUGGAGGUUACUCAAUUCGAAGAGUAUCGACGGUCUUCCAGGUCUUCUGGACGCGUUCAACUCCCCGGUUAUCCUCCCCGAUUGGAACUUGGACCAGAUUAAAGCGGGUGGAACACUACCCAAUGGAGCUGAGGAUGACGAAGGUACUGGAAUUGGAGACAAUGCACCGAGCAGACGACAUGGUCCUGACAAGUACAACGUGGGUAGAGGCCAAUUGAUUUCUAUCGGAAAUCUAACGGUCGGAUUCGGGGUGGGGAUGGCAGUUGGAGUGGCGCUCUGUACGGGAGGGUGGUUAACCAUGGCAGGCUUAGCUCGCGUAUAGAUAUUUUUAGUCCCCCGUCACUAUGUUUCAUCCCCACUCGUAUCUUUUACCAUGUUGGCCAGUCGUGACCCAAUUUUGUGUACCGCAUCCCAAUUCGGCAAACCACCUACCCAAUCCGAACGUCCAUGACCAAUGUAUGAACCAAGGUCAUCCAGCACGAGGCAAUGAGUCAUUGCUCAAUAAAAAGCAGGUACAUGGACUAGUUCAUACCUUCAUAUAUCAUACCCUCCGCCGUGUAUGUUGUAAAUGCAUCUCGUCGCUUGACUCUGCUC